UAGGGAUGCAAUAUUUGGACUCCGAACGGGAGUCCGCUUAUAAGGCUGUGAUAGCCAUCUCCCUCUCCACAACCAUUGUUUCUACUGCCUUCCUCUUCACUGUAGCUCCAAUGAUUAGUGAAUUCGCAGAGACGAAUAGUGAUGUAUUGAAAAGUGAUGCAGCUUACUGUGGGACAACGUCCAGAGAACUCUCAUCUCUGCUUAUGCGAUUUGGAUACAAUCAUGUGAAUUCUACGGGACGACCAAGGCGGAAAAGACAAAAUUUCGGCGAUCAAGAUUAUGAAGAGGAAGAAGAAGGUUGCAAAUGUGAAUACCCUAUGGGACCACCUGGUCUACCAGGACGAGACGGAUUGCCUGGACCCGCUGGCGCUCCCGGAGCGCCAGGAUUGCCGGCACGGUUACCUUGUGAACCUCCAAUUGACUUCAAGAAAGCUUGCCCAGACCCGUGUCCUACUGGAGCUCAAGGACCAGCUGGUGAACGGGGACCACCAGGUGACAAGGGAGCUCUUGGUAUACCAGGACACCCUGGAAAACGAGGAACGGACGGAAAACUAGGUCCCAAGGGAGAGACGGGCCCCCGAGGUAUCCCCGGAUUGGAUGGUGAAGUAGGUGACCCGGGAGAAGAUGCCGUGCCGCAACCGUUCAUUCCGGGACCACCCGGAGAGAUAGGAAACGAAGGACCUCCAGGGCCACCGGGACCUGUGGGAAUGCCAGGAAUUGAUGGACCUAUAGGACCAGCAGGACCUCGAGGUCGAAAGGGUAAGGACGGUUUCCCUGGCGGUAAAGGAGAGGCAGGUCCUGAAGGAGCUAUGGGUGAACCGGGAGAGGAUGGCGAGAAGGGGGUCUGCCCUACCUACUGUGCUACCGACGGUGGUGUAUUCUUUGUUCAACCACCGGAUUGGUUUUUCAAUGACUGAUUGGCAAACUGAGCUGCUUCUACCAGCUUCAUUUCAAAAUCUCAUUGUACAGUAUCACUUCACUGAGUCAGGUCGCUAACAUUCCUUUCAUUUGUUUCGAU